AUGGCGCGCAACUCCAACCAGAACGAACAACAACCAUCCUCAGCGGCGACGACAGGAGCAAACGAACUCGGAGCAGCGCAUGUGCGCUUUUCCAAGCGACUGAUCGUCUCGUAUAUUCUUGACUGGAUACUUAUCAUUGGUAUCGCACUUAUUGGCUAUGGAUUCGGUCGUGUCUCUCCCAAUCAGAGGCCAUUUUCCCUCACGGAUCCAAGCAUCUCCUUCCCCCACAGAGACCAUGAUACCGUAUCGGUCAGUGUGGUGGCGGUGGUCGCCUUAAUUGUCCCGGCCGUGAUCAUCGUCCUCGGGGCGCUGUUAUGGGAGUGGAAUGCCGGAUGGUUGGGCCUGGGUAUAUCGCUUGCGGGGGCCUACAUGGCGACUGAGGGGCUGAAGGAUCUGUUUGGGAAACCAAGACCAGAUAUGCUCGCGCGAUGCGAUCCGGAUCUCUCGAAGAUCGGCAACUUCGCUGUCAGCGGCCUGGGAUCCAGACUCGAUGGAGCCCCUACACUGGUCACGUGGGAGAUAUGUCGAAAUCAAGCGCGCGAGUUGGCUGUUGAUGGCUUUUCGAGUUUCCCCAGUGGGCAUUCUUCUUUCGCAUUUGGCGGAUUGACGUAUCUCACUCUAUGGCUUUGUGCUAAACUGUCCAUCGGAUUUCCUUAUCUCGCUCAUUCACCGCUUAGCCAGGAUUUGCAGAGACCGGAGCGUCGCACCAUUCGAAAGCAGGGAGCAGCACCGCCGGUUUACCUGCUCAUCACAGUCUUCGUGCCCAUAGCGGUGGCGUUCUUCAUAGCUGCCUCACGGUGGUUUGACUACCGCCACCAUGGAUUUGACAUCAUUUUUGGAUCAGUCAUGGGGAUCGUCUUCGCCUGGAUCGGUUUUCGCCUUUACCAGCUUCCCGUGAUGCGCGGCGCAGGCUGGUCUUGGGGGGCGAGAAACAGUAGCCAUGCUUUCUUCCGAAGCGUGGGUCUGCCGAGCCAUGUCUGCGCAGACAACUGGGCAACCGCUAAAUAUGCACCGCCAGUGAGAGCAGAGAUCAGGGAUCAAGAUAUUGACCUCGAGAGUGGCCGUAAAGCAGCAAGGGAGUAAGAUCCCUACAACUUGACCAGAUAGCAGCGUAUAUCAGGCCAGUGGAGGAUGUGACAAUGCAGGAGUCAUUUGGAAGAUUGCUGUAGGCCAUGAUUUGUCUUCUGGCGCCCUCAUCCUUUUUCCCGUACGCUUAGCAAUGGCAAACGC